GUGCGGCUGUGACCUGGCACAAGGUGGCUUCUUCAUAAAGAACGGGGAAUAUCUCUGCACCCUGGACUACCAAAGGAUGUACGGGACACGCUGCCAUGGCUGCGGGGAGUUCGUGGAAGGAGAGGUGGUGACUGCCCUGGGCAAGACCUAUCAUCCCAACUGCUUCGCUUGUACCAUCUGCAAGCGCCCGUUUCCGCCCGGAGACCGUGUCACGUUCAAUGGGAGAGACUGCCUUUGUCAACUCUGUGCCCAGCCGAUGUCGUCUGGCCCUAAAGAAGCCUCCUGCUCCGGCAACUGUGCCGGCUGCGGAAGGGACAUCAAGAACGGGCAGGCGCUGCUGGCGCUGGAGAAGCAGUGGCACUUGGGGUGCUUUAAAUGCAAAUCCUGCGGGAAGGUCCUCACCGGGGAGUACAUCAGCAAGGACGGUGCCCCGUACUGCGAAAAGGACUACCAGGGGCUCUUUGGGGUGAAAUGCGAAGCCUGUCACCAGUUUAUCACAGGGAAGGUCUUGGAGGCAGGUGACAAACAUUACCACCCCAGCUGUGCACGAUGCAGCAGAUGCAACCAGAUGUUCACAGAAGGAGAGGAAAUGUAUCUUCAAGGUUCUACCGUUUGGCAUCCCGACUGUAAGCAGUCUACCAAGACGGAGGAGAAGCUGCGGCGGCCAAACAUUCGGCAUUUUUCCUCCGAUUUCUUUUACCCCAAAAGCCUGAUCCGACGCACAGGACGGUCUCCGUCACUGCAGCCUACCAGGACUUCCUCUGAAAGCAUCUAUUCCAGACCGGGCUCCAGCAUCCCUGGGUCCCCAGGUCACACGAUCUAUGCAAAAGUGGACAAUGAAAUCCUCGAUUACAAGGAUCUAGCAGCCAUUCCCAAGGUCAAGGCCAUUUAUGAUAUUGAACGUCCAGAUCUUAUUACCUAUGAGCCUUUCUACACUUCGGGCUACGAUGACAAACAGGAGAGACAGAGCGUGGGGGAGUCUCCAAGGACUUUGUCUCCCACUCCAUCAGCAGAAGGUUACCAGGACCUUCGGGACCGGAUGAUCCACCGGUCCACCAGCCAGGGCUCCAUCAACUCGCCCGUGUACAGCCGCCACAGCUACACUCCGACCACGUCCCGCUCUCCCCAGCACUUCCACAGACCCGAUCAAGGGAUCAACAUUUACCGAAAACCACCCAUCUACAAGCAGCAUGCUGCCUUGGCAGCCCAGAGCAAGUCUGCAGAAGACAUCAUCAAGUUUUCCAAGUUCCCAGCCGCCCAGGCUCCAGACCCCAACGAGAUCCCAAAGAUUGAGACGGACCACUGGCCUGGUCCCCCCUCCCUUGCUGCCGUAGGAGCUGACACGAGGCGCAGGUCCAGCGGCCGAGAAGACGACGAGGAGGAGCUUACGCGACGCCGGCAGCUUCAGGAAGAGCAGCUGAUGAAGCUCAACUCAGGCCUGGGGCAGCUGAUACUGAAAGAGGAGAUGGAGAGAGAGAGGGAAAGGGAGAGGGAGAGAUCAUCCCUGUCGACCAGUCGCUACGAUUCUCCCAUCAACUCAGCUUCGCACGUUCUGUCAUCUAAAACUUCAUCUCUCCCGGGCUAUGGAAGAAACGGGCUUCACCGGCCCGUCUCUACAGACUUUGCUCAGUACAACAGCUACGGGGACGUCAGCGGGGGAGUGCGAGACUACCAGACCCUCCCGGAUGGCCACGUGCCUGGCAUGAGGAUGGACCGUGGAGUGUCCAUGCCCAACAUGUUGGAGCCAAAGAUAUUUCCGUAUGAAAUGCUCAUGGUGACCAACAGAGGGCGCAACAAAAUCCUGAGAGACGUCGACAGAACAAGGCUGGAGCGCCACUUAGCCCCCGAAGUGUUCCGGGAGAUCUUUGGGAUGUCCAUACAGGAGUUCGACAAGUUACCUCUUUGGAGACGCAACGACAUGAAGAAGAAAGCAAAGCUCUUCUGAGCCCCGCCCGCAGGCAGCAGUUCGAAAAAGCGGCGGUGACACAUGGGAUGUUGUAUUAAGGCCCAAACUUGACUGGAGAAUUUGCAAACUACUGUCCCUCAGCAACAGCCAAAGGGGGGGAUCCGAUUAAGACACCCACGGGCCAAAUACUGGGCCGACCAGCGGCAGCCCGCGCCAGGCUGCGGCGGGGCAGAAAGUCUGUUCCCACGCUCGGCGGUGGCGUUCACACGCGACCUCUCUGCGUCUCCUUGUGCACACGGCAGGAGCCCCGUCCUUUGUUCCCCUUUAACUGGUGUCCAACAGUAGCGCUGCCUGUCCGGAUAAGAGCCAGCAAGUGCCCUUAGGAUGCCGCGUGGAGCCAAGCAGCCGCCGUAACCCCGGAGUGUCCCUGUGCUACGGUGCGGCGGGCGGCUGGGACGGAGCCCGAGGGCCCAUGCGCACCCGGCAGCCGUCCCCACGCCUUUGCUCCCUGGCCUCGCGCAGCCCGAGUCGCUGUUAACCAGCUCCUUGCUCUCGACUCAGCCCGCACCUGGGUCACAAAUGAAUUAGGUAUCAUUUUAGAAAAACAAUGUUAAGAGAAAAAGAAGGAAAAGGAAUGAAAGGAAAAACUCCCUUAACUUUUUCUGCUUUAGAUAGUGUGAUUCACCCUCCCUACCAAGGACGGGAGCUGGCCCUGGUCCCCCUUUGCAAAGAAAGGAAAGGGUAAAUGGACUCCAGGCUGGCACAGGUGCAUGCUCUUAGGUGAUUCUCACCCAGGGGCCAUGGCACUCAUGGCAAAAAAAGAAGGAAAAAAAAAAGGUCCAUGCCCUCCCGUCGCAAGUUCCCACCCUCGCCUGCAUCUGGCAUCUGCUGAGUUGAAUCUGACCCGCACUGGUUGUGGCUUUUUCAAGGUCUUUCAGAAGUCAGCUGAGGAGAGACAUGGUUUUCUGUUUUAAAUCCCUGCAACCUCAAGGUAGAUGGCCUGGCACUGAUUUCACUUGGCCUUUUUAGCUUUUCUUCCUGCCCAGCACUGUUGACCCCAUGAUGUGUGUGUGCGCGUGUGUGUGUGUGUGUGUGCGCACGCACAUGCACUGGAACUACUAACUUAUUUUGCAAAUGGCUCUGCUGGGGUGGACCUGAGGAAUCCAGACUGCAGUGUUCAGCUUUGCCCUUUCGUUUAUAUCCUGCUUCAUCCGGUGUUUCUGCUGCCCCGUCUUCUCUCUGACCUCACCUGCAUUGGCCACCUGUCUGUCCCAGUCCUUGCUUUGCUCUGGCAAAGUGUGAGGCGUGGGGACCACAGCGUAUCCCCAGUGUCUCCCUGACACCAUCAGUAAGAGUUCCAGCGCUAGGCUGGUGGAGAGUUUUUGUCACUCUGGGGUCCAUAAAGGACCCUCGAUGUUUUCAUUGAUUAAUGCGUUACGCCCCGUGUGUGCACAUACAGAUCAAACAUCCACGUCAGAAAAACUGCAGCGAUAGAGAACUGAGCCCCAGACCUGUUCCCACCCAUGCAACUUUGCUUUCCUCGUAUCUUUUGCAUUUGGCUCUGCAUCCACCUUGGAAGGGAGAACAGGUUCUCUCCCUGUCAAGUGUAUUAGCAAGUUUAAACCACGCCAUGCAGCUACGCGUACGCAUCGCCCCAAAGUGCCAGUGGCCUCCUGCUUGCGAGCAGAGCAGCGCUGUACCCUGGAGACGGGGCACUGAAUGAACCCGAGCGCAGAGCGGGCCCCCAGCCCCACUCGGGCUGGAGGGGAGGCUGAGGCAGCCUGCUGCUCCUGACUGCCGGAUCCAGUGUGCCGCUGCAGCUCACCGUCCGUUUACUACACGGGGCUCCGCGCGCUUGUUCACGGGGCGUCCAGGCCACUGCACGGGGCAUCUGUAUUCUCAGCCUGAGCCCCGCCCCGCCCUGCCCAUCACAAUGGCAGUGUUGACACAGGCGAACGAGCAGGGGCUGUUCACUUCGGGAAUGAAUCACACACCCCACCCGGCAAGCUUCCCCGGCGCAGACACAAGGGCUACCCUUUUGAGCUUUGGGCUUCCUUAUGACUGCACACGCUGAGUGCAUGGGGUAGGCGAGGCCUCUGGCUCUAUGAACGUCAGUGCUUGCUUUGAAGUUUCUCCCAGGAAAGCUGGGGUGCCACUCAGACUCCUUGUGUGAUCUAUGCUGAGACGUGAAGAGUGGGGAUAAACUUGUACAGCCAGCCCUGCGUCUGCACUGUGGCUUGGGUUAGUGAUGAAAUGUGCAUAACUCGGCUUCAGUAACUAAAGACAAACUGCCUGUUCUCUGAAACCUUGACCAGAGAAGCUAGAGUUAAUGGCUAAUAGGUGCAAAGACAAAAGAGAAGUUGUUUUUAUCUGUCCUGUCCUCUAGUCUCUCCCAGUUCUGUUGUGUCCAAGCUGAGUUUUCUCUUCCGAGGUGAGCCCGGAGCAGCUCUUCUCAGCCCUCACCCUCUCGAUCGAUCGGGUUCUGUCCAUCAACUCUACUUGGAGCACUUCUUGGCCAGAAACGUUUAUAAAACUUUCACCUGAUUUCUUUACACUUGAAAGCAAACACCUUUUUCUAAAGAAUUGCUUCUCAGAUGAUUAUAUAAAAUAUAUAUGCUUUUGCUAGUUUAAAAAAAAAAAUUCAAAUUAACCACUUUGGACUAAGUAGGUCUUUCUAAAAACUCUUUUAAGCAAACUUGGUGUUCAGGUUCUCCGGUGUGUGAAAGGGGCGGGGAGCGGUGGGCCCACAGGGCUUUCUCUCCGACGGUCACGAGUGAGGGUGGGAGGAAAUGGGCUUCGACCCCAGCCCCUCUGUCCUCUGAAGCAGGCUCCGUUUUUACAAAUCACUCUUUUGUAUUUCUGGUCACUGUUUAAUCAGUACUUCCUAAGCCAGCCUUGAUUUCAGCUGAUUUUUAAAAUGAUUUCCUUUGGCACGCCAAGGGUUUUCAGUAUGCCCUCACUCAUUAGUACUCCUUUUUGAAGAACAUUCUAUCCAGAAAAAGAGAUGCUUUUGGACUUGAGGUUUGCACUGAUGCCACCUCCUAGUGAUGAUGGACAUUAAGAGAACUACCCAACUGUGUUAUGAUGAAAAGGAGAAACUUUUACUUUGGCAUUUAAAAAAAAAAAAAAAAUCACUGUCUUUCCACCCGCUGCCCAGGAAACUGGGGGAAGGUGGUGAUGGAUACGCUUUGCAUAUGGAUUUUUGUGCUUUUAUUGGACAAGUUGAAUUUCAUGACAAGAAGAAAAGGGGAGGUGUGGAUAGUUUAAGCUGAAAGGAACUUUCUAAACAAUUUCUGUGUACACAGCAAAAUUAAAGAAAUCCAACAUGUCCUGACGCUUAGCAUAAUUAAGUGGGAAUUGUUACCAUUAAAUAAAACUGCCCCAGGCAUCUCUCCGGAGAGUGGAGACCCCGAGUCCCUUUCUGAGCCCGUUCACCAGAGGUAGACACCAGCGUCCACGGAGGUGGCGAGCCUUCAGGGCACACGCCUGUUUCUUACCCUGCGGAAGGAAACACGGACGCCACAAGCUUGGUGUUCUCUGGGGGUUUUAUGUAACGAGUGUGUGUGUUUUCUCCGAGUUUCCGGCAAUCCCGCAUCGAAGCUUUCAGUUGGGUUUAUGGAAUUUCUUUCAAAUGUUGGACAAUCUGCUGUUACUCCCGCCCUCCCUCCCCUUUUCAGAUCUACGAAAGCAAAUGUUUGGAGGAACUGUGUAAAAGACGUGUCGUGUCCCCCGUGAAAGUGAGUGGGUGUCCGUCUGCACCCCAAGUACCGCGUGCUGGUCUGCAGAGGUGGCCAGCGGCCCGCGUCGCUGUGCGGACGAGCCCGACCCUCUCCACGCCCGUUGCAACAGCGCUCGCCCCUCUGCUGUGCCCCGCGUCUCUGUGUACUCACGGCUCCGUGAAUAAAGUGCGUGCUUUGUUCCUAGA